AUGAUGAUAAUUUAUGUUACUACAAUUUUAGAUAUUCAGAUAUCAAUUCAUUGUGCAAAUACUUUAACCAUUUCGGUUACCGCUAGAUCUGGUGGCCACUCUUUUGAAGGUUAUAGAAUUGGCGGAAAGAAUGGUAUUAUGGUGAUUGAUGUCAAAGAGUUUAAUCAAAUUACUAUUAAUUCUGAAAUGAAAACUGCUGGUUUCGGUAUAGUUAUAAGAAAAUAUGGAAUGUCAUCUGACAAUAUUAUUAGCGCUGAAAUG